AUGUCCGAUAAGAUCGAGCUUGGAAACGCAUCUGAUUUCCAUGUGCAUCUUCGUGAUGGCGCCAUGAUGGAGCUGGUUGCGCCUACGGUGCGCGAGGGAGGCGUAUCUCUGGCGUACAUUAUGCCUAAUCUGGUUCCACCAAUCACCACCAUUGAGAGGGUCAAUGAGUACAAGGCGGCGCUACAGAAGGCUGCACCCGAGACAACGUUCUGGAUGACUUUCUAUCUGUCCAGAGAUCUUACUCCGGAGCUUGUGGAGAAGGCAGCCAAGGAAAAGGCAAUCAGGGGAAUCAAGUGCUAUCCAGCAGGAGUCACCACCAACUCCAGUGCUGGAGUUGACCCCAAUGAUUUCAGUGAUUUUUACCCAAUAUUUGAGGUGAUGGAGAAAUAUGGACUCGUUCUCAAUCUGCACGGAGAAAAGCCUUCCACCAAAAUUGCAAACGACACCGACAAUCACGACGACUCUGAAGAUAUCCAUGUCCUUAACGCAGAGCCCAAGUUCCUGCCUGCCCUCUUCAAGCUUCACCAGGAUUUCCCCAAGCUCAAAAUUGUUUUGGAACAUUGCACCACAAAAGCUGCUAUAGAAGCCAUUGACGAGAUCAAUGCCUCGAGGAAUCCUCAGGAUCCUAUCACUGUUGCUGCUUCCAUCACUGCUCACCAUCUCUACCUGACGAUAGACAGUUGGGCUGGAAAUCCAAUCAACUUUUGUAAGCCCGUUGCCAAACUUCCUUCAGAUAAGAGAGCUCUUGUCGAUGCUGCCGUUUCUGGAAAGCCAUACUUUUUCUUUGGUUCAGACUCAGCUCCCCAUCCUCUCAGUGGGAAGGCCAGGCACGUUGGUGUAUGCGCAGGAGUCUACACUCAAUCCCACUCCCUGUCUUAUCUGGCCGAGGUUUUUGACCAAAAGAAUGCUUUGGACAAAUUGAAAGGAUUUGUGAGUGAUUUUGGUAAUGCUUUCUACGGUGUCAAGAAAGAAGAUCUCAAAUCUCAGCAACAAGUUGUUUUGGUAAAGAAGGAGACUACAGUACCAGAGCUUAUCGGCGAAGGCGAGCUUGUCGUUGCUCCGUUCAUGCCUGGUGAAAAGCUCUCUUGGGGCUUUGAGUGGGUUUGA